CGCAAAGGAUUGAAUGCAGAAGCAGAUCCUAGGGGCCAGCUGUUGUCUCUUAAGCCAGGGUUUUGGUUUUUGCACUGAAUGUAGUCUAGACUCAUCUUCACGGGCGUGUGUUGCCCCAGGAUACUGUCAAAGGCAGUAUUUGUGUGUUUCUGCAAAGUUUUGCACAGAGUCUGUUCCCAUGCAAACCAAUGAGGGAGAAGUAUCGGAAGAAAGCGGUUCCAAGGUGGGACAGGAAGAUUUUGUAAUGGAAGGGCAUGGCAAGACUCCACCUCCUGGUGAAGAAAGCAAACAAGAGAAGGAGCAAGAAAGGGAAGAACAGUUAAUGGAAGACAAGAAAAGGAAGAAAGAGGAUAAAAAGAAAAAAGAAGCCACUCAGAAGGUCACGGAACAAAAAACCAAAGUGCCCGAAGUGACGAAACCAAGUUUAAGCCAACCAACGGCGGCCAGCCCGAUUGGCAGCUCUCCAUCGCCACCAGUCAAUGGUGGCAACAAUGCCAAAAGGGUGGCAGUGCCGAACGGACAACCGCCAAGCGCCGCCCGCUACAUGCCUCGGGAGGUGCCGCCGCGAUUCCGUUGCCAGCAGGACCACAAAGUGUUACUGAAACGUGGGCAGCCCCCGCCACCGUCCUGCAUGCUCCUCGGGGGUGGGGCAGGGCCUCCUCCCUCCACGGCGCCUGGAGCAAACCCAAACAACGCACAAGUGACAGGAACACUGCUGCAGAGUGAGAGUGGGACUGCACCAGAGUCAACCCUUGGAGGUGCUGCUGCUUCAAAUUAUGCAAAUUCCACUUGGGGCACGGGAGCCUCCUCCAACAACGGCGCCUCCCCCAACCCAAUUCACACCUGGGACAAGGUGAUUGUAGACGGGAUGGACGAGGAAGAGUGGCCUUGUAUUGCCAGCAAAGACACUGAGUCUUCUUCCGAAAACACCACCGAUAACAACAGUGCCUCGAACCCUGGCUCUGAGAAGAGCAGUCUGCCAGGAAGCACCACUAGUAACAAAGGAAAAGGGAGCCAGUGCCAGUCUGCAAGUUCUGGGAACGAAUGUAACCUUGGGGUCUGGAAAUCUGACCCUAAGGCAAAAUCUGUUCAAUCUUCCAACUCUACUACAGAGAGCAACAAUGGACUAGGAAAUUGGAGGAAUGUGAGUGGUCAGGAUAGAAUUGGACCUGGCUCUGGCUUCAGCAACUUUAACCCAAAUAGCAACCCAUCUGCCUGGCCAGCACUGGUCCAAGAAGGAAAUUCUAGGAAAGGGGCACUAGAAACAGAUGCUAGUAAUUCCAGUGCCCAGGUUAGCACAGUUGGUCAGGCAUCCAGGGAACAGCAGUCAAAGAUGGAAAAUGCGGGUGUUAAUUUUGUUGUCUCUGGCAGAGAACAGGCUCAAAUUCAUAACACUGAUGGACCAAAAAAUGGAAACACUAACUCCUUGAACUUAAGUUCGCCAAACCCUAUGGAGAAUAAGGGAAUGCCCUUUGCAAUGGGCUUGGGGAACGCCUCCAGGAGCACUGAUGCCCCUUCACAAAGCACUGGAGAUCGAAAGACUGGGAGUGUUGGAUCUUGGGGUGCAGCUAGGGGGCCUUCUGGAACUGACACAGCCUCUGGACAAAGCAAUUCUGGAAACAAUGGGAACAAUGGAAAGGAUAGAGAGGACUCCUGGAAAGGAGCUUCUGUUCAGAAAUCAACUGGGUCAAAAAAUGACUCUUGGGACAACAAUAACAGGUCUACGGGUGGGUCCUGGAACUUUGGCCCUCAGGACUCUAACGACAACAAAUGGGGUGAAGGGAACAAAAUGACAUCUGGGGUCUCUCAGGGAGAAUGGAAACAGCCGACUGGGUCUGAUGAGUUGAAAAUUGGAGAAUGGAGUGGUCCAAACCAACCAAAUUCUAGCACUGGAGCAUGGGACAAUCAAAAGGGCCACCCCCUCCCUGAAAACCAAGGCAAUGCCCAGGCUCCCUGCUGGGGAAGGUCUUCCAGCUCCACAGGAAGUGAAGUUGGAGGUCAAAGCACUGGAAGCAACCACAAAGCAGGAAGUAGUGACAGUCAUAAUUCUGGCCGUCGGUCGUACAGGCCCACACACCCUGAUUGUCAGGCUGUCUUGCAGACUCUUUUGAGCCGAACUGAUUUGGACCCCAGGGUGCUCUCAAACACUGGCUGGGGCCAAACUCAAAUUAAGCAGGACACGGUGUGGGACAUUGAAGAGGUGCCAAGGCCUGAGGGGAAAUCUGACAAAGGAACUGAGGGGUGGGAGAGCGCUGCCACACAGACCAAGAGCUCAGGGGGCUGGGGAGACGCACCCAGCCAAAGCAAUCAAAUGAAGUCUGGAUGGGGGGAGCUCUCAGCCUCGACCGAGUGGAAAGAGCCCAAGAACACAGGAGGCUGGAAUGACUAUAAGAACAACUCUUCCAGCUGGGGAGGAGGACGACCAGAUGAAAAGACAUCUUCCUCUUGGAAUGAGAAUUCCAGCAAGGAUCAGGGGUGGGGAGGUGGACGCCAGCCCAACCAAGGAUGGACUUCUGGAAAGAAUGGUUGGGGAGAGGAAGUUGAUCAAGCAAAAAACAGCAAUUGGGAAAGUUCUGCAAGUAAACCUGUGUCUGGGUGGGGUGACGGCGGGCAGAAUGAAAUCGGAACUUGGGGAAACGGUGGGAAUGCGAGCCUCGCUCCCAAAGGGGGGUGGGAAGAUUGCAAAAGGUCUCCAGCGUGGACUGAGACAGGCAGACAGCCCAGUUCCUGGAAUAAGCAGCACCAACAGCAGCAGGCGGCACAGCAGCCACCGCCACCACAACCAGAGGCUUCUGGUUCAUGGGGAGGCCCACCCGCACCACCUGCAGGCAAUGGACGGCCUUCUAGUUCCACCUGGAGCGGUGGGCCGCAGCCAGUGACCCCUAAGGAUGAGGAACCCAGUGGUUGGGAAGAGCCAUCCCCGCAGUCAAUCAGUCGGAAAAUGGACAUCGAUGAUGGCACUUCAGCAUGGGGAGACCCCAACAGUUACAACUAUAAGAAUGUGAAUCUGUGGGAUAAGAAUUCCCAAGGGGGCCCAGCACCUCGAGAACCAAACCUGCCUACCCCGAUGACCGGUAAAUCAGCCUCAGUCUGGAGCAAAAGCACACCACCCGCUCCAGAUAAUGGUACUUCAGCUUGGGGUGAGCCAAACGAAAGCAGCCCUGGGUGGAGCGAAAUGGAUGACGCCGGAGGAUCAACCACAGGCUGGGGGAACGCACCUUCCAACGCUCCAAAUGCCAUGAAACCUAAUUCCAAAUCUAUGCAAGACGGCUGGGGGGAGAGUGACGGGCCAGUGACAGGAACUCGCCAUCCCAGCUGGGAAGAGGAGGAUGAUGGAGGAGUCUGGAACACCGCCGGCUCUCAGGGAAGCGCUUCCUCCCACAACUCAGCAAGCUGGGGACAAGGAGGAAAGAAACAAAUGAAGUGCUCACUAAAAGGAGGAAACAAUGAUUCAUGGAUGAAUCCUCUUGCCAAACAGUUUUCAAAUAUGGGAUUGCUGAGUCAAACUGAAGAUAAUCCAAGCAGCAAAAUGGAUUUGUCUGUAGGGAGCCUUACAGAUAAAAAAUUUGAUGUGGACAAGCGAACAAUGAAUCUCGGGGAUUUUAAUGAUAUCAUGAGGAAGGAUCGCUCUGGGUUCCGUCCACCUAAUUCCAAAGACAUGGGAACCGCAGAUAGUGGGCCUUAUUUUGAGAAGCUGACUUUGCCUUUCUCCAAUCAAGAUGGGUGCCUUGGGGAUGAGGCUCCCUGCUCUCCCUUCUCCCCUUCUCCCAGCUACAAGCUGUCUCCCUCUGGUUCCACACUACCCAACGUCAGCCUUGGAGCAAUCGGCACAGGGCUCAACCCCCAAAACUUCGCUGCUAGACAAGGUGGCAAUCAUGGUUUGUUUGGAAAUAGCACAGCACAAUCGAGAGGCAUGCACACACCAGUGCAGCCACUGAAUUCUUCUCCUAGUCUCCGGGCGCAAGUGCCUCCCCAGUUCAUUUCCCCCCAGGUUUCUGCCUCAAUGCUCAAGCAGUUUCCCAACAGUGGCCUGAAUCCAGGUCUUUUCAAUGUGGGGCCCCAGUUAUCUCCUCAACAAAUUGCCAUGCUGAGCCAGCUUCCACAAAUUCCCCAGUUUCAGUUGGCCUGUCAGCUUCUCUUGCAGCAGCAGCAGCAGCAGCAGUUGCUACAGAACCAGAGAAAGCUUUCUCAAGCUGUGCGCCAGCAGCAGGAGCAGCAGCUGGCUCGAAUGGUGAGUGCACUCCAGCAGCAGCAGCAGCAGCAGCAGAGGCAGCCUAGCAUGAAGCAUUCGCCGUCUCAUCCCGUUGGGCCCAAGCCACACCUGGACAGCAUGGUACCCAACACUCUGAAUGUGGGGCUCCCAGACCUUCAAACCAAAGGGCCAAUACCUGGAUAUGGUUCUGGCUUCAGCUCUGGCGGCAUGGACUAUGGCAUGGUUGGUGGGAAGGAGGCUGGAACAGAGUCUCGCUUUAAACAGUGGACCUCCAUGAUGGAGGGACUGCCCUCUGUAGCCACACAGGAAGCCAAUAUGCACAAAAAUGGCGCUAUAGUGGCCCCUGGUAAGACCCGAGGAGGGUCACCAUACAACCAGUUUGAUAUCAUCCCAGGUGACACACUGGGUGGCCAUACGGGUCCUGCUGGUGAUAGCUGGUUACCUGCCAAAUCUCCACCAACAAAUAAAAUCGGAAGUAAAUCCAGCAAUGCCAGUUGGCCUCCAGAAUUCCAACCAGGAGUGCCAUGGAAAGGUAUCCAAAACAUUGACCCUGAAUCCGAUCCCUAUGUCACCCCAGGAAGUGUGCUGGGGGGUACCGCCACAUCUCCCAUUGUAGAUACUGACCACCAACUUCUGCGGGAUAACACCACAGGGUCUAAUUCUUCCCUCAACACCUCGCUGCCUUCACCUGGUGCCUGGCCCUACAGUGCCUCUGACAACUCCUUUACCAACGUUCAUAGCACUUCAGCAAAGUUCCCUGAUUACAAAUCAACAUGGUCCCCAGAUCCCAUAGGACACAACCCCACUCAUCUCUCCAACAAGAUGUGGAAAAACCAUAUUUCCUCAAGGAACACUACACCGCUGCCCCGCCCACCUCCUGGUCUGACCAACCCCAAACCAUCAUCUCCCUGGAGCAGCACAGCACCCCGAUCAGUCAGGGGGUGGGGGACACAGGACUCACGGCUUGCCUCGGCCGCUACCUGGAGUGAUGGCGGUUCGGUUCGUCCUAGUUACUGGCUGGUUCUUCACAAUCUCACUCCACAGAUUGAUGGGUCAACCUUGAGAACCAUCUGCAUGCAGCAUGGCCCACUGCUGACAUUCCAUCUGAACCUAACCCAGGGCACCGCCCUGAUCCGAUACAGCACCAAACAGGAGGCGGCCAAGGCGCAAACUGCACUGCACAUGUGUGUGUUGGGAAACACUACCAUCCUGGCUGAGUUUGCCACCGAUGAUGAAGUUAGCCGCUUUCUGGCACAAGCUCAGCCCCCUACACCCGCAGCAACCCCGAGCGCACCCGCAGCAGGUUGGCAGUCGCUGGAGACCGGCCAGACCCAGUCAGAUCCCGUCGGACCUGCGCUGAAUCUUUUCGGUGGGUCCACAGGGCUCGGGCAAUGGAGCAGCAGUGCUGGCGGCAGCAGCGGGGCCGAUCUUGCUGGCGCUUCAUUGUGGGGGCCCCCAAACUAUUCUUCUAGCUUGUGGGGAGUCCCAACCGUGGAAGAUCCCCAUAGGAUGGGCAGCCCUGCUCCUUUACUACCUGGUGACCUUCUGGGAGGAGGGUCGGAUUCAAUCUGAACUUAGAACUUUCAACUCUGACCUCGUGACCUUUUUUGGAACAGCAGCAGCACUAACUUGACCUUUUCGUUUUUUUUUCAACUUGCAAUAAAUACAUUUUUAAAAGGAAAAAAGAAAACGGAGAGAGAAAAAAAGGUGGGUCAUUGACAGACUGUCUGAGCACAUAGUUGCCUCCCUUAUAACUUCAGUUUUUUCGUUUGGAAUAUGAAUCCAAAAAGAGAACAUAUCACUCUUGAAAUACUUGAAUCAUGAACGCCAACCUAGAAAGACAAUGUGAAGCAAGUACACAUACCAUUUAAAUUUAAACACAAAAAAAUUAAAAAAUUAGUUUCUAGUUUUUCACUUUUUUCAUGUUAUAUGGAAGUUGUUGCUAAGAAACAUAUAUACUGAAAAAAAUAGCUUUUUAACUUUGUUUGCACUGGGUGUGUUUCCGUCCUUAGGUCUACCAUGUUUGGGAGGGAGGGGAAUUCAAAAGAAUUGUUGGGGUGGGGGGAGGGAAGACUUGACGGAGCCUCACUUUAAAAACAAAAACACAAAAAACCUAAAAAAAAAAAAAAAAAAAGGAAAAAAUUUGUGAUUGGCUGGUUGAUAAAUACCAGUGUGUUCUGGCACAUGUAACUGCCCAGGCAUGCUCGUUCUGGUAUGUGUGUGCACGUGUGUUCAUGUGCAUUCGCGUGCAUCCUUCUCUCUGUCUCUGUGUGUGUAUGCCUGUGUCCUCCUCCCUGACCCCGAUUUCUCAGAAAGCUGCAUUGCUGACAGUCCACAGGCUGGCUGGCCGGCCAUCUGCUUUUUAUUUUUAUUAUUGUUUUUUAAAUAAGAACACGCAAGCACGGGGAGCCACUGCUGCUAGAGCAGCUCGUUGGGCUGCACGAAGAUGAACAGAGUGCUUUUUAAUGAUGAGAGCAGGGAGUUCCUUUACAUCUGCAAAUUAGCCUGAGUGCAAGGUUUUUCUAGCUUUUCUUUUGACCUAGCAGUAGAGUGGAGCACUGCCAAGUCCAAAAAAUUAGGAGAGCAGGAGGUACCUCUUGGAGCAACUGUGUUUAUUUAUUUGUUUUUUUGUUUUUAAAUAAGUGGCCACUAGGCACAUCUGAAUAUCUGUUAAGUUUUAGGCAGGCCUUUUCAUUUCUUUGGACGGGAACAGAUGAGAUAGUUGUUAAUUGUGUGACUUCUUAAAAGCAGAAAAACUGUGUUCCCUCCUUUCAUGUGUAAUCAGGAAUGAGAAAUUUGUCAGAAAGUCAGGUAAUGCUGAAUGCAAUAUUUCUAUUGGUUCUCCUUUUCAUUUGAUGAAAACAGAAGAAAACAGGUUGUGAGCAGCCUCCUAAAGCAUCGCAGCUCCUCCCCCUCUGCUCCCGCCUUGCUGAGCGUUACCUGUGCCAGGCCUCGGCGCGUUCCUGCCAGGCCAUCACAUCACUGACAGAAACGUUUACUUAACGAAUGUUCUUAAACCAGUGUGUACUUCAGGCGUGUCCUUUUGUUCCUCUGUGUCGUGUAUUUCCUGUGUAUGUGGUUUUGCUUAGGCAGGUAUAACUUAGCAAAGACUUUUAAUUUUUAAGUAUUGCACCUUUUUUUUUUUUUUUUUUUUUUGGGUUUUGACCUCUUUUUUGUUUUUUUUCCUUGUAACGUUGCUUUUUUUUUGGUAUUUAAAGACUUUUUUUUUAAGCAUCAAUGUAGUAGUACUCUGGGCCGAAUAGGGGGCAACUUUUAAUCCAGUUAUUACCAACAUGUAUGUACUUAUGUUGGAAUCAAAAUGUAUCAAACUGCUUUUUGUGAAGAGAGUUAUAGCAGCCCUGAAGGGGUACCCCUUUAUACAGAGCAGAUGGCUGGUGGGGUGGGGGGAGGGGGACGUAUGCCGGUAACAUGCUAGCACUUGUGUGGACAUCCCAAUCUGCAUUAUACUGUUUAACAUAAAGUGCCGACAUUCUGUACCAGCAAAUACCUGCCCAUUCCAACCCUUGGUGGGAGCAGACCUCUACUGUCCUCCAUAACUUGCUGCUAGUGAGGACAAAGGAGUUUUUCUUUCUUUAGCAUCUUCAGUGAAGGAUACAACAAUGCCUAAUGUAUUUGACUUUGAGCUUGUGUCUGUGUGUAGGUGGGUGGGUGGGUGUGUAUAGGAAAAGGCAAAAACGAAUUAUUUGCAUUUAAGUGGUUUUGUGAGACAAAGAAUGGGGAAUUCUGUAGUCCUCUCGGCUUACCCUGUUGAUUAUAAACCUAGCCUCAAAAGAGAUUGACAUGCAUAAUUCAAGUGAGCAUUCGCUCAUACAAGUCUUUAUGAACCCUUCGUGGGUAGGUGGUCAAACUUGAGUUUCCACCAUUGGUGUGGUCCCAUUGGAUGCCUUGUAGAAAACUGUGCCCUCCUCUUGCUCUCCGAUUUUCAUCACCACCACGCCCCUUCCACCUUGGCCCGUGUACACAGUAUCUCCUCCCAGCCCCCACCGACUGCUCUCUGUGUGGAGCAAAACCCUGUCAAUGGGGUGACCUCCAGGUGAAGAGCAGCUGUGUUCAGACAUCUACGGAAGGCUAGAUCUUAGUGUCCCUGGGCCAGGAGCAUGUUCCAAGGCUCCCACGAGCCAGUGGUAACCCUGUCCACUGCCGCGCUUGGUUUCCUGCCAUGCCCUGCACCGCCCUCCACUCCCCCUGCCUAUUGGUUCCUUGACCUGCACUAUGGGUUAGUUGAGAUCCUUACGAUACUACGGUGAAAGCCGGGUGCUAGAGCCCCUCUUGUUUACAAGACAUAAUGAGGGAUUUGAAAUAUGUAAAAAUAAACAUGAGAAGCUAAAAUGUUCUUCCAUCAUAAGCUUAAAGGGAAAAAAACUUUAAAAAAAGACCAAAAAGUGCGCAUAUAUAUGUAUAUAUAUGCACAUAUAAAUGUAUAUUUUAGAUGAAGACUAACUCUGGGAGCAUUUAACAGUGUUUUUGUUUUUGUUUUUAACAUUUAUUUUCCUGCUUUAAAAUUUGCAAGCAUUCUCAGGAAUUCUAGGGUAGGAAGCCAGUUUUCUGAAGAUGGUUUAUUUAACCAUAUCUUAUCCUAGAUAGAUGGCUGUUUCUUUCCUGUUAAUAAACUUUUACAAGUUCCUGAAACUUCAAAAAGUUUAAACAAUUUUUACUUAAAAACAUGUAAAAAGAAAAGUCUCCAAACGUUAUUGUCAACGGGGGAUCACACAUAUUAAAACAUGUAGAAAUAUUUUUUAAAAAUUACCAAUUUAGCAGCAACAGGUAAAUUCAUGAUCUUAAAAAAUAUGGGAGAAGGAUUAAGCUUUAUAAGCGCUCUAACAUGGAUUCGUUUGAAAUUGUGUGUAAUGGGGGAGUGUUUGGUGUAUAUAAAUGGGAAUGCCAUCAUUUUGUUCCUUUCCAUUUAAGACUGAACUGAAAUCUCCCCUAAUAAUUUUAAUUUUUUUUAAAGGAACCCUUCUCCCUGUCCCUUAGCCCUAGCAACAAAAGAAAGGAAGAAAGAAACAACAGCUUAAGAAAAAAAAAGUAACUCUAAUCUGUAAAAUAGUACGGUUGGAUUGCUGAGAAUCUAUGUAAAGAGGAGUUAGGAAAUAUAGGUUAAUAAUUUUUGGAACAAAUUUUAAAUAUAGACAUUACUAGAGGAAAACUAUCUAUGGACUGUUCUAUUAAUGAAGAAUGUCUGUCUUACCUCCAUUUGUUAUGGGAGAAGGACAAAAUAAUAGAAAAACUUAAUAAGGAACAAGUGAUUUUACUUUUUUCGCUCCCAGCUACUGUUGUGCUCAUUUUAAUUGCUAUUUUGAAGAUCUGCUGCUUAAUUAUCCCCAUCCCUCAGCCGGAGAUGUAAAGUGUUUCCUUUCAGUUUUGGGUGAUGUCGAAAUCUCCUUUUGUAUUCCCUCCUGGGGCCGGGGAUCAGAAUUCCUAGCAUGACCACAGCUUCUUCUAAACAUCUAAGCUUCCCAAUGGGAAAGAAACUCCCGCUCCACAAGUAAAGAGAGUGGAUGGGGUUGCUGCCUGCAAUUUCUCUAAAACCGCUUUAGUGCCUUCGUACAUACACCCAGACAUCCUAAGCAGGGGGAGCACGUGUGCACGUGCCUAUGGUCCAGUCACUCUACAGACAUUAAGACACUUGCCCGUUAAGGAAAUUGGAGUGGUUCUGGACAGGCCCCAAAGGCAGUGGGCUCAAUUUAAAACAAACAAAUAGAAAUCAAGGAAGUUAAGUAUGCUUUCAUGUCUCGAUAUUGUGGAAUGCUGAGAUCCUUCCUUGUGUGGUUACCCUCCGUUACUGUGCAUUGACUUCUCCAGAUGUAUCGUCGUAACAGCUACAGUGAUUUGGAAGGUCUCUGUGUUGGGCCAGUAGAAAGGGGUUCGCAUUUUUCUGUUCUUGUCCUUUGUCUCUUUCCUUUCCCCCCAACGCCGCACCCCCCUUCCUUAUUUUUGUUAACUUGCUGGAAGCUUUGCUUUAUUGGUUGGCAGUGACCUAAGAACAGAAUAUAGUGAGAUGUAAUGAAGAGGAAAGCUCUUUUCUUUCCAUAGUAUUCUUUGGCAAGAGCCAUGUCUGCUGAGAGGUUAGGUGGCUUCAAUACACUUAAAAAACUCAGUGGGAGCAUCUUCCCUUCCACCCCAUUCUGACACGUGCAGAGGCUUGCUGGUCACCUCUCAUUACGCAGGCUUAUUUUAUAAACAUUUUAAUCAUGUAAAUUUGAGCCUUCCAGUUUUUACUAGUUUCCCUUUAUUUCUUUAAACACUUGAUUACUAGCCACUCUCGCUCUCUCAAACAUCACAAAUUCCACUUUUGUCUACCACGUAAGUAGCCACAUCAUAGAAGAAGAGAUGUCUUCCAUCAGACUGGGGACCUCUACUGGCAAUUGAGAUCCAGUGCCAUGACCUAAUUUUCGGUGUUUUUAAAAAAAAGUUCGGAUCUCCGAGAUGUGGCGUUUCUGAUCCCUCGGUCCCUAGCCCUUGAUAGUUUUCAUUUAUGACAUUCACCGAAGUUAACUUAGCCCUGUGGCAAGUUAAGGUUCCAAUUCUUUCAUCAACAUUAUCCACUGACUGCCAUUCAAUUAGUUUUAUUUAUUUAUAGCAGUUUGAUUUUCUACUACAAUGGCUCCUGUUCUAAGAACUUUCCCACCUCUUCUGACAUGAAUGUAGCAUAAAUUAGAGUUGGUUCUUCCAAGUUCCUGUGGGUUGAAUGUUGUGUGUAAGAUAUGCAACAAAAAGAAAGGAAAAGAAAUUCCUGCCUGAGAAUUUGGAAGAGCUUUUAUUAAUAUAUCCAGCAGAACCUAAAAUUUCACAGGCUAUUAACUUGUUGCAAACAUUCACUCACACCCCUUUUCGGGGGGAGAGGGCAGUUUUUGUACAGUUAACAGCCAGAUUCCAUAUCGACCUCAGAUGCUGUGUACUUUUGAGUUUUAUUUUUUAUAUUCUGGCAUCUUGACUCUUAAACAGAAUGAAGAUGUCUGUGUGCUGAGCAAAACGCUUAAGCCAAGGCUGCUUUCCUUUGCGGUGUAAACAAGAUACUUUCAGCAGACUUGGCUUAAUGGCCAUCUCUAAGAUUAGGGAACAAUUGAGUCUUUCUUUAGAAAAAGUCCCCUUUUCCCCCAUCCUCAGAGUUCAAAUUCAACAUGUAACACGUUGUAGGUUAUUGUCUUAGGCUUGGGUUUUUUUUCUCUUGUUUUAAUUAUCUAUAAGGUCUUUAAAUAGGAGUAGAGAUACAUUUUUAGCUAGUUAAAAAAUAAAGUUUUCUUCUCCAGUGUUUUUGCCAAGUUUUGUCAUAUUUCAUGUCUAUGCAUUGACUAUAUUUCUUAGUGUUACUGCAAAAAGAAAUCUUACCCUUUAGUUGUUUUCCCUCCCGUGAGUGUACAACCAGCCUGCGUGCGUUGAUAGUGCAGAUGAAAAUAUUCUAGCCUGUGUGUAUACAGUGAAUUGUCAAUCAUUAGACCUCAGCAGUCAUUCAGAAAACAGGGCGCCGUCGUCCUAACCUGCUGCUGCACCCCCACCCCACACCCCUCUCUGCUUUCUUCUCUGCAAGUACCAGGUGUCCACAGUCUAGAAACAGGCAAAUAGGCAUAAUGUUGUCAAGUGCACCAUAAGCCUAUUACAAAACCGAGAAUAUUAGAUAUAUUUCCAGAGUUGGUGCACAUCCUAGAAUAUGGUCUGUAGGGUUAUGGCCAGUGCCAAAGGUGUGUAUAUUUUCAAAGAUGAUCCCCAUUUGUCAAUGAUGAUGAUGUUUUCUUGACCUUAAAUCUGACAAAGGAGGUGCUGGCUUCACAUUCUUUAGAUUUGAAGUAAUUAUCAAAUUCAAAACUCUAUGAACAUAACUGCAUACUUAAAUAAAAAUUGACCAUUGGCCCUCCCUACCCAGCCCACGCUUCCCUCCGACCCACACUGCCAAAGAAAAGAGCCAUGAGCAUCUACAGGAUGGUGAAGGGAACACUGGUCAGGAAACAGCUACCCCCCACGGCUGGGCAUCCAUGCUGUCCUGCGGAUGGUCACUCAGACUAGAUCUGGAGUAAUUACCAAGUAUUCUGACAUUUGAGUGCUUUUUACUGUCAAUCUCUUGUAGGAACCUGCUACCACCACCAAAAAGAAGUAGCAAAAGUGACAGAAACUGCCAGCGUUUGCCUCACAGAAUUUAAAUAGCUCCCUUUUCAGUUAGCUAUACACCCAAAUUUGUUUUUAACGAGAAACUGUGCACACCAGGAAAAAUGGUAGUGCCCUGGUGAAAGGGUCUCUGAGUUGUUGGUUCUUCAUUUUGACAGUACUCGUUUUGAUCAUGGGAGGGAAAAGGUCAGACGAAGGCAAGAAAGGUUUUGUUUUAAAUUUUAAAAAGAAAGUUUCCCUAAAGCACUUGGUGCUUUGAUUUCAAGCUAUAAAAUCAUUGCUUUCGAAAUAAAAUCCCAAUUGUCACUGACCCAUUUUGAGCCAAUCUUAGUAAGUUCGGAUUGUUUUUACAAAAAAUGAAAUUCCUCUUUCUGGCUAAUGGGGAGCAGCAAAAGAAAAGUGGUGUGGGUAGCUUACAGUAGCACAGCAGAGUUGUGAAAUGAAUCGCUUUUCUUUCCUGUCUCUUCCCCUGCUUUCCUGGGCCUCUUACUGAAUCGGGCAUUCCUUCUCCUGGCUACUGAAAGGGUGUGCACAGUUCUCAGAGGGCUGGGUUGUCACAGGUGACCAGAGGUGCGCUGGAGCAGCCUUACUGCAGGACUGGCCUUACAGCAGAGUUCUGGAGAAGAAGACAGUAUAUCCUACAUGUGUUCGCCAAAAAUCAAAAAGGGGGGUGUUUAUACAAAACCAAGCAAAAACUUUUGGAGCCCUUUAAAAAGUUACAUACCUUUUAAAGGUAGUAUAGUUUUUCACCAAGUGAUGCAUUCAGCAUACACUUCUUGCUAGAAAUUUUGGGAUAAGUUAGAAUAAAUGUGUUUAAAACACCACCUCUACCCCCCCCCCUUUUUAAUUUUGUCCAAGGAAUUAAUUACUUAAGUGUAGUAUUUCUGAAUGUGCCUUUGUGAGUACAGAGACCGUCUGUUUUAGGCAGAAGCUCUCCGUUGGGAUAAGACGGAAAGACGGUCAGCCUAGUGUUUAGGGCAGUCAGCAUUUCUCCUGGCAGCCCCCAGGGGCAGCUGCUGAGUUUUCAUUAGCAUCAAUAUUGCACAGUGUAGCGUUGUGUGAAGAGGUUCUGGGACUUGGGACAGGGGAGAUGAGGGGACAAAGGUGCACAGAUGACAGAGACCCAGGUCAGUCCAAGAGUGCAGGUUGAAUUUACCUAUCUGCAUUACCUAGUUUUCUUUGUGUACGUGUGUGCGUGCGUGUAGCUGUUUUAUUUGUUGUUUUUCUGUAAGCACUGGAGAACUGAAAUAUGGUGAUGUCUGUGACACAUUCAUGCAUGUCGAGAAAGCGCUGUCUGGCUUCUGCGGUGUGCAGGGCGGGCAGCGCAUUUCCACCCUCUGAGUCUGUCCUGAGAAGGCAAUUAUUUUCCCAAAUGGAAGUCACUUCGUGUUGCUGUUUAUGUGAACAGGGUAUUACACACAAGGAAAAAGCUUUUGAAAGGAUAAGAUGGAAGUGUUUGAGAAAGAAAAGAGAAAAAUCUGAAAAUCAUAUUUUAUGUCUUCAGAACGAUUAAUAGUUAAACAUAGAAACCUGCAGUGUCUCUUCAUUUGUUUUUAUUUGUUUUGAACGAUUCCACCUCUUCUCCCCACUCCUGAUCUUCUAAAGAAAUAUCAAGUGAAUGCUAAGGGCCAUUUCCGUAAUUCCUCAGAGCUCCCCAAAGAGGAAACCAGUCCCUCCCGCAAGAUUCCUUCAGCUUCAUUCAGGAAGACACAGGGAGUAGAGAGGCUGCGCUCUUUCUUCCUCUCAUUCCUCUCUAAUGGCCUUGAAAUGUAUUAUUAUGCAAAUGUGAAUUUUGAUACUGAAUUUAAGAAGAGGUUGUUGGAUUUUUUUCUUUUUUCAAAAAAAAAAAAGGUCCCAUAUGUGGUCAUCAUUGCUUCUUUAUUUUGUAACGUGAAUUGUAACUAUGCAUUCUGCAAAAGGGGGGAGGAGAGGGCAGAAAGGGGAAGGAAGUAGCUUUGCAUCUUUGUUCUAUGGUUUCUGUGUCCAUGGUAUCCCCACAUCCUGGUGGGGACGGGGAGUGAGAGCAAGAAGCGGUAAGGUCAGCACAGGGAGGUGUCCCCAGAGAGGCAGGGACCUGGGAGUCCUCCUGGGGUCGCUGGCAGGCCUGAUGGCCCAGCGCAUCCUGGGAGGCCUGCAGUUCCUACCCACCAAUAUAUGGUACAGGAUUCUCCAUCCUAGCCGUACAGUGUUAAACCGGUGCAACAUUGGGGCCCCACAGGCUUCGAUGUUCUCUGGAAACAAGGACUCAUUCUUUCCUGAAUUCAGAACCCCUUCAAGCUCAGGAAACCAUGCCUCACUCAUGCAAACCUUACAGUUAAUCUUUAUGUCAACUUCAAAAACCUCCUCCUCCUAGCUCCUCACUUCUUUUUCAUUUUUCUUUCUUCCUUCUUACUCGUUUUUAAGUGAACUUAAUUACAAGGAAAUUGUCUUGCUCUCAGGGGAAGAGGACUUUUGCUUGUCAGGCAAAAAAAAAAAAAAAAAGAUCUCUUCCCCAUUCACUACCCCUCAGCCAAACGGGACCUCUCCGCUUUCCUUGCGUUUGUAAAGCUGUAGAUAGCUAGCGAGCAGCGAGGUGUUUGGCAUGGAACAGCCUCCAGCCUCCGAACAGGAUUCCUUUGUGGCUCUUGCCUGUGGUGAAUUGUGGCACCUGCACUGCUGUGGUCUAGGCAUCCUUUGCAACACGUAGUAUCUUACCCGAGAGCUCGUCCUGCCCGUGCCCAGUGUUCCCGCGCCGCGGUGUGCGUUGAUGUUCACAGUACUGUAACGAGGAACAGACUUGACCACAGUCUCCUCGUGCUUGUGCAAGGCUGCACAGGCACGACCUCAUCAGGGUUCCAAUCUGUUAGAUUGCCUUUAGACAAAAAAACAAAACCAACAAAAAAAGAAAAAAAAUCCUGACGUUUCAACUGUUUAACACAAAACGAUACCUCGAGGUACAUUUCCCCUGCAGUGUAGACCUUAACACCCCUCUCCUUUUCUGACAUCGGUGGUUAUCCUUUUUAAAAUAUGAACGUGUAAAUAGCAGGAUAACUUUUAUAAUUUUUGUUCUUUGCUGUGAAAGUAACCCUAAAAUAUGAUUUUUUUUAAGCCAUCAGAAGUUUCAAAUCUUAUUCUUUCAUAUUUAAGAAGAGAAAGCAAAACAGGUCAGGGGAGUAGCCUUACAUUUGUGGGCUGAGGUUCCCUUCCCUUGCCUCCGUACAUGUGACAGCAGGGCAGUGUCUAAAGCCUGUUUUGAGUAGAUGCCAUCUAUUCCAACCUUCUGGUUCCUGGGUGGGGAGUGUCUGAAUUUCUCUCUUCCGGAAGAUCCAUCUCCUCUAGGGUUCCAGAAUUAAACCUCUUUUCCACAGGAGACCUUGAGCAGUCAACCUUUCUUGAUUCAAAUACACACACGCAUACACACACAGUAACUGAGUAGCAUUCUGUAGCUCACAAAGGGAAUUAGUCCCUGGCAUUUCAGGUUGGCGCUGUAGAAUUUAUAGCCUUGUCACUUUGCAAUGCUCUGGAAAUGUAUUGAUUUCUUACUUAGAAACUCAUCUGAGACUUGCAGACAAUGGCCCUAAAAGGCAUGCGUACCCUCAGAUGUUCCUCCAGGAGGCUUGAAGCUGACAUUACAUAGAGGGAAAUAGGUUUAACAAAUGCUGCUUGUAGGGAUCUGUCAGCUAGCUACUGCUCUCCUAGAUUUGGCCACGGAUGAGGCAGGGUCCGAAUGGGUCGUUUUGAAGAGCUCCUUCAUAAAUACCCUUUUUCCCCCAUCUUAAAGACAAACCUUAUAUCUGUCAAGAAGCCCAUUUUAGUUUUAACUUGUAUAAUGACGACUUCCUUUGAGGGGAAGAAGCUUGAUUAUAAAUGCACACAUAGUCACCACCCACCUUCUGAUUUGGGCGCUGUCAACCUUGGGAUUUUAUUUCUGUUUGGAGGCCCCUUUUCCAUCAGUCUCCUUCCUCUGAUCCCUCAUGAGUUCUUCUGCUCUUAUAUCCCUCUACAGUCCUCCCAAAGGGCUUAACUGAUCUCUGCACUUCUUUCCUGGGACACUCCCCCCCACCACCACCACCCUUUGCACACACCAGUGACCAAAGUGUGUCCAGUGAUUUCACAGAAGACAUCAAAAAUGGUGCAUGCACCGCGAAUGUGCUCACGGAGACACGUGCACAAGAUUCUGCACCCUUGGCCUUAACCUCAGUAUGACGUAGGUGCAGGAACAUUUUUAACAGGUUUAAAAAAAAAAAAGACAAAAAAAAACCCUUUUGUGAGUGGGGGGAAAAGCAGACAUGAGUUCAGCUGUGCCCGUUCCUCAAGCUCCACUAUUUGCUUACAAUUUGGAAUUCUCUGCCCACCACACCCCUGUUUUGAGUAACCAAAAACAUAACAAAAGCAACCUGAGGAGAGAUUUCUGGACUAUUUUGUCUUUCUCCAUUUAGAUGGAGAUAUAAAUGCUGCUUUGGGUUCCAUAAUCCUAGGGGGCUAUGUUUACAGAGUAAAAUACAUCCUACCAAAUCAGGAAACUGAAUAAUGGAACCUUUGCAGUGAGUUAGGUCACUGAUGGUGAACAAGAGAAAUGAGGGCUCUUGGGGGUGGGGCAGAGGAGGAGAUAAUGAAAAAGUCCCAUUUUAAUGACUUGUGAUAUGUUGCUCCCUUCCUCCUCUCUCCUCCCUUCACUUCUCUCCUUGCCCCGUUUAAACAAGGUGCAGAGAAAUGCAUCAUAAAAAGGCUGGAUUUUUUAAAGGCAGCUUUCCAACUUUGCACACAAACAGGUAACAGGAAGGUACAGCAAAAAUCCUCUCGGAAACACUGUCAGCAGAAACAAAACCUGUAAACAUACUAAAUAGCUGCACAUAUUGAUGCUCUCUGCAGGUUACCUAGAAGUGUUUUGUUUUUCUUAUACUUGAAAUAGCUUUUACAAUAUUAUUUUGGUGGCUUUCUUUCCUCUCUUCUGGUGGGCAAUAGAGAAAGUGGAUGAUGGGAUUUAAGGACGUUUGAGGGGAGAAAAGGAAGGAUAUGGCAUUGUCUUUCCCCCUCCAUCCCCCAAACAGAGGUUUAAUCAAACUCCCAUAUGUUGAAAUUGCUCCUCAUAUUACUUGUUUUACAUGGACACAGAAACUAGGCACUUUAGAGGUGCACUUGCAUGGCAGGCUGGGCCCCCCUUUUCUAUAUUUUAUUUUACUUUUUUAGUAUAGUGGUACUUAAAAUCACUGGUUCACUUAAAAAAACAAACAAUAAAAUGUUAAACUCUACUAAUGUACAAAUAAGCUGAAAAGUUGCAUUUUAUGUGUAUUUUUUGCCAUAGCAGGUACUGUAUUUCUCAUGCUGGAUUUCAAAAAAAAAAAAAAUCAAAAACAAAAAAAACUAAAGGGUGGUGUUUUAUUGGAUUGUGACAGGUUGAGUAAUAAGGAAUUAAGUCGUCGUCAUUUCAUUAAAACAGAGAUGAUGUGAUGCAUAAAUAAGAGUUUUCUGAAGGGUUUUUUGGGCUUUUAAACAGCUUAUUUUUGUUUUUGUUUAGUUUUUUAUUUUAUUUUAUUUUGGAAAGAUAUGAUUGUAUUAUGUGCAACUCAGUUGCUUACAUUAUAACUACAAAAUAUUUUUGGGUUCCUGGAAAAAAAAGAAAUAAGACUAAUAAAUGUGUUUGGCUGCUAAGCA